UUAAACCAAAAAUUAAAUUCUGAAGACGAGCUAGCGCAGCAUUUCACCAACUGCCCAAUCCCUCCCGGCCAAAACUUCACGUAUAUUGCGGCAACGGGCGACUCGGGGGGCGACGGCGCCGCCACCCACCCCCCCUCCUCUCCGGCCCUCCCCGGCCGCCGUCGCCGUGGUCCCGUGGCGGCGGCGGCGGCUGCCCCAAGGUGGCCCCGUGCGCGUCUCCUUCACCCCCCGCUCUCCUCCCCCCUCCUCCUCUCCCCCGUCGUGUCCGGCGGUGACCGGUGGCGGCAGGCGGCGGCCGGCCAGAUCCGGUGGGCGGCGGCCCGGAUCUGCCACCCUACGGCGCUCCCCUGCCCUUUGGCGUGCCGAGGUGGCCGUGGACGGAGUGGCCGCGUGCCAGAGCGCUCUCAGGCUUCGUCCCAGCGCCCGCCCCCCCCUUCGCCGGCGCUCGGCGGUGCUCCUCCCCCGGGCCGGCCGGCCUCGUCGGAGCACCAGACCGUGUGGACGUCGCCGCCGAAGCGGCCGGCGGGGUGGACCAAGUUCCGCGAGACGCGGCACCCCGUGUUCCGCGGCGUCCGUCGCCGGGGCAACGCCGGGCGGUGGGUGUGCGAGGUGCGUGUGCCGGGGAGGCGUGGCUGCAGGCUCUGGCUCGGCACAUUCGACACCGCCGAGGCCGCGGCGCGCGCGCACGACACCGCCAUGCUCGCCAUCGCCGGCGCGGGCGCGUGCCUCAACUUCGCCGAUUCGGCUUGGCUCCUCGCGGUUCCGGCCUCGUUCGCCAGCCUCGCAGGAUGGGGCUGUUGGGCCGCAGCGACCGGUCGCUGGCGGUGCCCACCCCGCGCGGCGCGAGCGCCGGGCUGCGCGUGCCGUACAAGGUGACCACCCCGUUGCGGAAGGUGAAGGCCGUGCGGCCCAGCGAGAACAAGCACCGGCCGGAGCAGAAGUACGUGCACCUCGCCUCCAACGACGGCUUCGUGUUCUGGUGGCUUCGGCCUUGUCCGGGACGGGCCGGAUCUGAGCUCGCUCGACCCGGCCCGCUUUCGCUGCUCCGGCGUCCCGUCCCGGUGGCCGUGUGAGGGCUGGGGCGCUGCAGAGGCCGCAACGUGUGCUGCCCGCACCGCGGUGGUGUGGGUAGCCAUGUUGGCGGUGCGUCAUCGAUGCCAUGGUGGUGUGGGUGGCAUUGCCUCGCCCGUUCCCAUCCUGCGUUGUUGGCUCGGGGAGGGCGGGCUCUCUGCACUCGGAUGUGGGUGCUUGGCGAAAGCAUGGCCUUCGGCCGACGAUGACGACGCUUCUAGCGCCGUUUCCCUUCUUGGAGGCAUCUGUCGCUGCGCCCCCCCUUCCGACCGGCGUCGAACUUCUAGGUGAAAGCCUCACCCGUAUGGGCCGGCAACGGCGGAGCUCCCCGCGUCGCUUCCCUUCUUGAAGGCGUUGCCGCUGAAGUUCUUUCUACGCGUGGCCUGCUGCCCGCGCGGUCCCUCGGGCGUCGUGCUGAGCCUUUUCGUGCUUCAUGCUGCUCUCCACUCAGGUUUGCCGGCUAGUGUUUGUUGUAGCUGUUGUUGUGCUCUUUCCGGUGGAUGCUUUGCCACCGAGGUGUUUCCGGCGGAUGCUUUGCCGCCGAGGUGCGUUGCUUUGCCACCAAGGAUGCAUCUCCGGCAGGUGGGUCGUUGAGGUUGCUGAGGUGGGGACGGAUGCUUGGCCGUCGGAUGGUUGCUUUGCCACUGAGGACGCGUCUCCGGCUGGGUUGGUCGUCGAGGUUGCUGAGGUGGAGACGGAUGCUUGGCCGUCGGUUGGUUUGCUUUGCCACUGAGGACGCGUCUCCGGCUGGGUUGGUCGUUGAGGUUGAAGAGGUGGGGACGGAUGCAUGGCCGUCAGUUGUCCUUAUCUGUUGCGGCUCCGAACACUGCUGGCUACCUAGGUGUUGAGUUGUCCUUCUUGUUUUUGGCUUAGCUGUUGGGGUUGUUAGGUGGAGGAUCCCCCCUCUUGUUUCUUGCUUUUGUUUGUGUUUUGGGUUUCAUUGGUAAUCCUUGGAUUACUUGCGAACUCAUUGUAUCGGUUACCUGCCGUUUCUUUCGGCUCUUCUUCUUAAUGAAAAACACGUGAAGUCGUGAUCUCGAAAAAAAAUUCUGAAGACAUUAGGUGCUUAUCUUUGCAGUCAAGAUGUGCUCUAUUGAUUUUAUUUCUUGUCUGCUACUAUAUUGUGAAUAACUUUUUUAGUCCAGGAUAGUCUAAACAUUCUCUCUGCCAUGUUCUUGAUUUUUAUGUGACUAUCUUCACUUCAGUGUAAGGUCAGCUAUUUUAUUGUAGUAAGAAAAAUCUUUGUUGACUAAAUACAUCCAUAUUUUCAGCUCAGGUUUAAGCUCUUCACUAUCCACUUCACUGUGUACUCCAUACUAGUUUGUCUUUUGUGCACACAGAUACUAAUUUUCAUAAACCUCCAUAAUGUCUUCAAGUUUGUGUCAUAUCACUGCAACUAUGUUAUCAAACUUCUUUUUGAGUUCUAGAUUUGAUAACUAUACCUUUGCGUGGUUUUUGUCAUUGAUUUUUUUUCAUAGAUCCUUAGACAUAUAUUUGCUUCGGUAUCAGACAUUGAUAGUCCUACACAUGUAAUGUGAAAACAUUUGCAAUAUUUAAACAGCUAUGCUUGAUUUAGUAUAAAAGGUACUUUUUAAAAUCAGCUUAUUUCACCGAACAUAUAUGUUGUAACAUAACCUGUGUUCCCUCUUGUAGCUCAGUCAUACAAAUUUGUUUAGAAAAUAGACAACGUAGUGGCUGGCAGGGAGCGGGUGAUCAGGGGCUUCAGGGCGAAGGAGUGAAUGAGGCAGAAAACAAAGCAAGGCCAUUAGAGUAACCUUGUCUGGAAAUCUGCAAGCAGAGAACUCUAACUUGGAAGACCAAGUGCACUGCGGAGGCAAAUGCAACGUAUAUCUUUUUGAAUGUCACUGAUUAUGCCUUUGCACACUUGCAGAAUCAACAUUGACUGACUACUUUCAGUUUUCAAAGAUAAAAAUACAUUACAAAAUUCGGGUCUUGACGGAAUGCUGGCAAAGAAAACAACACGAGCUGACACCUCCAAACAGAAGCCAAUAGCAAAUAAAUUAGCCUUACACUAUUUUCUUUGAAACAGGGAAGUUGAAUUUGCUUAAGGAGAACCCACAGUGUGACUUCCCCAGGAGCAGCUUCAGACUAGUCUUAGACUAGUGGCAUUUGAUUGAUUUCUGAAAAAAAACAUUGAUUUACUAUUUGCAUGUAUGAUUAUUGUGAGUUAUACCCUUCAUGCACAUAUAAUAUAUUUGGUCGGCUCUUUAUUGGAACAAA